AUGUCGGAGCAGAAGUUUCAACGAUUUCUAACGCGAAUUUCUUUCUCACGCCCCAACUCGUUUUCGCUGACGCUAUCAUCACAUCUUAAAAAAUCCAAGCAACUCGAAUAUCUCUACAACGUUGACGUAGAAUGGUUGGCUCAGUCCAAAAUAAUUUUAAGUAUUGCGAUCGAAGGCCGUGUUAUUAGACCCCCAGAAUCUCAUUUGGCCGCAGCUGGAAAGUUGUUGAAACAACGUUUCAAAAGCGUAACAAUUUGCUCUACUGCUUUAUACAUAAAGCAGUAG